AUGCCACCACGUCCCUUUCGACUCGCCCUUGUGCGAGCCUACAUAAAUUAUAUCCACCCUCGCGUACCAUUCGUCGAUAUCAGGAAAUUACUACAGGCCAUAUCCACAGAGGAUCCGAGCCAACAUAUCAGCAUUUUACUGCUCCAGGCAAUCUUCUUUGCCGGGUCUGUCUUCGUCAGCUCCACGGAGCUAUCUGCAGCAGGCUAUAGAAACAAAGCGACUGCAUGUGGCGAACUCUUUGCCCGAGCCCGCUGUUUGUUUGACUUGGAUUACGAGAAACAUCGCCUGACAGUAAUCAAGUCGCUUGUGUUAUUAUCUUUCUGGAGGGACAAAGGCACUGACAAAGAUCCACUACACUGGAUGGGUAUAGCCGUGUCCCUUGCCUAUACAGCGGGCCUGCAUCGCGUCCCGGAUCGGCGAAUCCCUGUAGCAAGCCAGCGAGACGGCAUGCGAACAUGGUGGAGCUUGUUUUGCCGAGACAGAAUCCUGUCCUUGAGUACCAAACGGGCUGGCAUCAUCGAUGACAGUGCUUUCGAGACCCCGAUCUUGACAAUGACCGAUUUCGAACUUUCAACAUACUCCCCCGGAGAUAUCUGCGCGUUAAGCACAUCAGAAGUCCUCGAGGAUCUGGAGAUCCAAAAACGUCUCGCCCUGAUAUUUAUAGAGAAUGCAAAGCUCAGUCUUUGUAUUAGCCGGGUGCUCACUGCCCUGGAAUUCCCGAGAGGGCUUUCGUCUGAUUCACCCAGUGGCAUCGCUACAGUGAGUCCUUCGUCAGAUGGAUCCAGCAUGCUAGCCAAUUUCAAUUGCAUACAAGAACUGGAAAGCUGGGUUGCCAGCCUUCCUGCUACCAUAACAGAACUUCCGCUGUUUUCCUCCCGUUCAAGUGAGGCCGAUAAAGUAUUGCGCUCGCAUUAUUGUGCGUUGAAAACACUGCAUCUUGCAGCUUCUACUCUUAUUUACCAAUCACUAGAAAACAAAUGA